AUGACCAAUGAGAAAGUUAGGUCGGCUCUUUUGAUGAUGGCUCAAGCUGUGACUACUCAAACUCAAGCCAUGACGGCUCAAGCUACUAGGGGUGUUGAGUCUAAUGUGAACCCCAAUGUGAGUACUAUGUCUUCUAGGUUGAUAGACUUUGUGAGGAUGAAUCCUCCAAGAUUUCUAGGUUUUAAGGUGGGAGAGGAUCCUCAAGAGUUUUUGGAUGAAUUGUAUAAGAUUGUCAAUGCUAUGGGAGUGACUUCUAUUGAAAAAAUGGAACUUGCCGCCUAUCAAUUGAAGGAUGUUGCCCAAAUUUGGUUUACUCAAUGGAAGGCCAAUAGGCCAGUUGGAGCGGACUCAUGGUGUAUGCGUAAUCUAUUGAGGAGUCCAAAGGAGUUGAAGAGAGGUAGAUUCGAUGAGCAAGGUCAACCUAGGUUCAAGAAGAGAGCUCCAAACCAAGAUUUUUCAAGCACUCCUAAGGUUUACCAAGAGAGAGGUAGUGGACCUCCAUUUACUAAACCUACUUGCCACAAUUGUGGGAAAAAGCAUCAUGGGAAGUGCUUAGCCGGUAUUAGUAGGUGCUAUGUUUGUGGAAAGAAUGAUCACCAAGUGAAAGAUUGUCCUACUCUUACGGCUAGAGGAAGAGAGACCAAACAAGCUUCUCUUGAUGGCCCGAAUUCUAAUGCUCCAAAGAGAAAUCGUUUCUAUGUGCUUCAAGCUAACAAGGACAAAGGAGCUAAUCCGGAUGAAGGUACCGGUAAGUGA